UAUUGACCAAGAGUUCAAAAGUCAGGUCUAUCCAAUUGCCUAUAGAUCAACCUACUGUUCCAAAAGUAGCCCUAUCGCCACACUCGAACAUCAGCUCAGCACGAUGGGACAGUCUAACGACUAUGCGUCCAUAUCUCAAAACAUUCGAAUAAUGUUUUAUCUUGUUUCACCAAACGAAUCUUCCUUCUCUCAUGAAAACGAAGUGCCCAAGUACGUUCAACAGGCAACACCAUUUUUCAUUAGCCUGAUGCUGCUUGAACUACUGGUGGGUUGGCUUAAGACAGGAGGUCUUAUCAUCAGCCUUAAUGAUGAAGUCACCUCAAUCUCUGCUGGCAUGAUGUCACGUUUGCCAAGCCUUUUUUUCAGAGGCUUGGAACUGUCCUCUUAUAUCUACUUCUGGAAUAAUUACCGUAUAAUUGAGUUACCAUGGGACUCUGCCUGGACAUGGUGGCUGGCCUUUCUUUGUGUUGACUUCUGCUACUAUUGGGUUCAUCGGUUUGCUCAUGAACUCAAUAUCCUCUGGGCAGCACAUCAAGUACACCACAGUUCUGAGUAUUAUAAUCUUUCCACUGCCUUAAGACAGUCAGUUACACAGCAGUGUACGUCAUGGGUUUUUUAUCUUCCCAUGGCUUUGGCCAUUCCCCCUUCUAUGUUUGCUGUUCAUGUGCAGUUCAACCUCCUCUACCAGUUCUGGAUACACACAGAGUUGGUGCGAGAUCUUGGCAUCCUUGAGUUGGUGUUAAACACCCCCAGUCACCACCGAGUUCAUCAUGGACGAAACCCAUAUUGUAUUGACAAAAAUUAUGGUGGAGUCCUCAUCAUUUGGGACAGGAUGUUUGGAACAUUUGCUCAAGAGAAUGACCCAGUUGUCUAUGGACUUGUAUAUCCUGUACGCUCAUUUGAUAUCCUGUCAGUCCAAUUUCAUUACUAUCGGUAUCUAUGGAGAAAAAUCCAGAAAGCUCAGGGGAUCAAAUAUAAACUGUCUGUUAUGUUCAAUGGACCAAGUUGGAGACCUGGACUGCCAAGACUGGGAGAUCAUCUUAACGUGCCUAAGGUUGGUAAAGCAGUAAUGCAGUUCAACCCAGAGUGGCCAACUUCUCUGAAAGUGUAUGUGUUUAUACACUUCUUACUGGUCCUUAUGGUCUACAAUGAUGUGCUUGCAGCGAUGAUACUUAAUCAAUGGACAGUGCUUUUGAUGACGGGUUACAUUUUACUCACUCUUACAUCACUUGGCUACAUCAUAGACCAAAGGUCCAACUUGCAUAAGAUGGAGAUACUGCGCUGUGGCAUGAUUAUGAUUUUGCAAAUGACAGGAUUCUCAAAGCCAGCUCCCACAAAUGUCAUCACUGAGGUCUUCAUCAUCCUUUCCCUGCUGUACUGGGCUAUGCAGUUCUUAAGCAAAGGAUGGAAAGGUGAAACUAUCCUGAGAAGAUUGUCCUUUGGAGAAAGAAUGAAAAAAUAGGACUAAUCUGAAACAACACUGCUUUCUAAUGUGACUAAAUUGCUUGUCUCUGAAUUUGAAUAAAACCUUGACCCAC